GAAUAUAAAAUAAGUUAUGAUUUUUUUCACUUCAAUUUUGUUGGGGAUGUUAAUUUGUGGCAGUACAAAUGCUCUGCAAAAUGUUCUUGUGAUGGAAAGAUCAUGGGAUUGGAAUGGAUGUCGAAAAAAUUUUAUUGAUAUCACUUUUUGCUCUGCAGGAAGUAAGGAGCCUUGUAUUGGAAAACCAAAAGGUUCUUAUGCAAUAAGCGAUAUAAAUAUAUUGCUUUUAAAAUUACCCCUUGUUCCAUCAUGUAAUGCGAGUUGUUUAAAUAAAUUCCGGUUCACAGUAGAAGACGACAAGGGAUCUAAUUAUUCAGUCAUCUUACCAAAUAAGCUGAAGCAAGAAGGAAAUAGCUCAGAACCUGUUAAGAUAACUGAAAUCAAUAUAACCAACUUUAAAAACAAUGGAAGAUUUACCCUGGAAAGUGAUAGUUGUAUCGUGGCUUUAUUUCCUAUAGAAAUACACUACUAUACUUGUGAUCCAAAAAAUUCUGAACUAUUGAAAUUUCCAUUACGAAAUGCUCCUGGAACUAUAGAGCCAUUAAAAGUUUUUGGCACAUGUGUAGGAAAUUCUGUAAACGGUACAACAAGUCCAUACAUGUUGUGCAUGAAAGAUGGUACAUCACAAGUAUUUGGGGAGUGUGUUUGCAAAGAAGGAUAUGAGAAAGUUGGUAAAAGUUGUCAAGAAUGUAAUAGUUUGUCGUACAAGUCUCAAAUUGGGAAUCAAAAAUGUGCACUCUGUGGACUUCAUUCAAAAGCCACCAAUAAAAUGACCCAAUGUGCAUGUUCCUCUGGUUUUUACCGUAUGUUAAAUGACAACAGCAACUACUCGUUGCCUUGCUAUGAACCACCUUCCAGACCAAAUGUCAAGCAUGUUACAGUGACAUCAAAUGCAGCUACAAUACAAUGGGAGAUACCCAACCCUGGAUCAAAUGCUUAUGGUGUAAACAUAAUAUCCUGUCAUAACUGUCCAAGCAGUAAAACAUUUAAGACAUUCAAUACAACAAACUUUCAAGCAAAAAUUACAGGACUUGACACCUUUUCUGAGUAUACCGUGUCAAUUGUCAGGGUAAAUAACAUAACACGAUUAACUGGUAAAAAAUUUUCAGUGGAAUACAAAAUUAGGACUAACACUGCUGCACUUGAACAAAUUCGGAAUGUUAGAACGGAAAAAGACAACGAUGGUGGAGUGAUAAUAACAUGGACUCCACCGUUUAAUAAAGGAGCAGAAAAAAUUGAAUAUGAAAUUUUUUACAAUGGGAAGACUGUUAAAACCGAAAGUACAAGCAUCAAGAUACAAGCUGCGUCCAACAGUCGAACAUUCAAAGUGAAAAUAAAAGUGAUAGCAACAUACAGUGAUGGUAAAUUUACCAGUCCAGAACAUGUCUUCACUGUCAGCGUGGAGGGUAAGGGAAUUCCACUCAAUAUUGUUCUUGGGGGGACGGGUGGUGCGUUGGUAAUCGUCAUCAUCAUCAUUGUACUGUGUAUUGUGUGGAGACGUAGAAAUCCAAGUCACUUAGCAAUUUAUCGAAUGGAAGAUGGAACAGUUCAACUUCAAAGAAGUCGCUUGUUCAGUCAUGGUAGAGUUUAUGUUGAUCCGACCACCUACUCAUUAGUUGAUGACGCUGUAUACGAAUUCACGAACGAGUUAACUCGAAAAUCUCUUGAUAUUGGGGACUUGUUGGGUUGUGGGGAAUUCGCUGAUGUCCACCAUGCUGUUUUAACCACAGAUAACAAGAAAUUCGAUGUUGCAGUUAAAAAGUUGAAGUAUGCAGCAUCGAAACGAGAUCGAGACGAUUUUGUGAGCGAGGCUGCAAUAUUGGGACAGUUUUCGCAUCAAAAUGUUAUCAAAUUAGAGGGUGUUAUAUUAAAUGAACAUCCGAACCUGAUAGUAUUGGAAUAUAUGGCAAAUGGAGCUCUUGAUAAAUAUCUACAGCGAAACGAAGAUAAUUUUAGCGUUGUAACGUUACUUGGUAUGUCACGUGGUAUCGCAUGCGGUAUGGCGUACCUGUCAGAUUUGGGUUACAUCCAUCGGGACUUAGCUGCUAGGAAUGUUUUGGUAAAUAAACAGGAUGUGUGUAAAAUUGCAGAUUUUGGUAUGAGCAGAGAAUUAAAAACAGAUGAAACAUACGAUACCAGGGGUGGAAAAAUACCUAUAAAAUGGACCGCUCCUGAGUCAAUUGAAUUUAAGAAGUUUACAACAGCUUCUGAUGUGUGGUCUUUUGGAAUAGUACUUUGGGAAAUCUUUUCAUUUGGAGAGAGACCUUACUGGACAUGGACGAAUUACGAUGUACUUGAAAGACUAGCCACUGGUUAUCGACUUCCUCCCCCAGCUAAUUGCCCAAAAGUUGUUCACGAUUUAAUGUUACAAUGUUGGCACAGAGAGAAGACGAAACGCCCGAAGUUUAUCACAAUGCGAGACAACAUCGAGGAAUGGAUAAGAAUCCCAGACUUGCUCAAAGAAAUUGCUUCUGUCGUUACAAAAUCGGAUGAAAAUUUGGAUUACUCUCUUAUGCAAAACGUUACAAGUUGGUUGGAAGCAAUAAAAAUGGAACAAUACGCACCUGUAUUUAUCAACAACGGUUUCACUACACCAAAAGAUAUGUUAGAGCUAACAAUGGAAGACUUAAACGACCUUGGCAUUGGUCCGAUUGGACAUAGAAAAAAGAUUCUUAAAGCAGUAAAACAUACGAGACAUCAGGUGGGUGGUGGUAAAGUAAGCCGAUCUGCAAGUAACGUUACAUCGAAACUUGGAAGAAGUACAAGCUCCGUUGGAUUUAACGCUGCCCUCUCGAACAAAUUAUCAUUUUAUCGUAAACGAACACCAUCUUCAUCUGGUACUAAAAACACUUUGGAUAGGAGAGAGAAGAAAACUUCGUUUAGUUGCGUGUAAUUUAAAAAAAAAAGUUAGACGAAAUUUUUGCUUUGUCUUUAUAACGUGUACAUAUUUCUAGAUGUAUAUAACAUAAAAUAUUCUUGUUUUCUCCUCGUCCUGUUUUUAUAUGAUUUUUGACGCGUAUUUUUAGCCUUAUGUAUAUAUUUAAGUUUAUAUUUUUUUGCUCGGUGCUAAACACGUGCAAAAAUUGCGUUAAAAUGAAAAAAAAUGAUAUGAUAAUUAUUUUUAAAAAUUUUAUCAAACAGGAAAAACUUUUCGACAUCAAUGAGUCUUUUCGUGCAAUAUGUUUUACAUUUUUCUCAACUAAAUUUAAACUUUCUUUAAAUCUUUGACGACUAACACUUCCUUAGGUAACAUAAAAUUUGCUUGAUACAUUUUUCUAAACACUAACACAUAUAUUCUUAUCAUCGCCAUUUUUUUUAUUUAUUUUUUUGUGAAUCAGCAUUAUUUUGUAAUAACGGCGUUUUUUAAUACAGAAGUAUUUUUAAUUAUUUAUUUAUUUAUUUUUAUUGGAGAUGGAAUAUAUUUAUAUGAAGGGUUACACAAUACAUAUCUUUUGUUAGCGAAAUGCAACUCCUGACAAUAAGAUUGUUUUCAGUAGUUUAUAGUCUGCUGAUUGGGCCACCAUAUAAUAAGGUCCUAGGGACGAGGUGGGCUUUCAGUAUUUCCUAAUUCACCAGUUUACACUAGUUUUUGCAGCAAUGUUUCUUCUCAAUGUUGAAAUUGUGCCAGAGCGGUAAGUUAAAUAACACUAUUUGUCUUCUUUUAACAAG